GAAAAAAUAGAAAACAAAGUAUACAGAAAGAAAUUUACAAACAAUUUAUAAAUUUUACAAUUUUUAGUCUUUUGUUAUGUCAACAAAGUUUUGGAAUAAAAACUAGGAAUUGUUUUAAAAAAAGUAAUGGAUUUUCUGUUUGCGCCGUUACCUGAAACAAAUUUUCAAAUGAAUAAAACCGAACUACGUUUAUGGCAACGGAAUGCCAUAUUCGAGUGUGAAUGCGAUAAUUUCAUCAAUAGACGACUUGAAGCUGCUGGAGAAUUUUUCCAUAUGGAAGAACAUUAUCACCAAUUCUUCGAGGCAACUGGAAUUCAUGCAGCAAUUCGACGGUACGGAUUGCGAGGACCGCAUUUAGAAGAAAAUGCGCAGAGUAAUAGCACGGGCAGUAAUAGUAGUAGUGGGAGUAAUAACAAUAAUAACAAACGGAAUGUGGACGAUGAAGAUGGGGAGAAUUCUACAGAUGCUAAUGCUAACGUUUCACAACCAAUGCCACAAAGACGCAGAUUGAUGGCAGCAGCUACGGAAAGAAAUGGUGACAAUGUUAGCGACAGAGUGCUUCAUGAAGCUGUGUCAACAGCUCUAAGAACGAGAGGGUUAAAUGUAAUUCAGAAUCCUUAAUAAUAAUCAGAGUAUAAGAAAAUUUUUGGCUAGAUCAAAUUUUAGUGACGAAUGCAGUGCUAAUCGUGACGAUAACCUAUACAUAUACUUCUACAUACAUAUGUAUGUAGGUAUACACAUAUGAAUUUUAGAAAUUAGUUUAAGUUAAGUGAUUUCAAAACAAAUUGUCAUAUAAUCUCUUUGAUAAUAGCUGUUUAGACAUAAUGAAUUUUAUUGAAGCUUUUAAUAAAGUAAUACUUUGUAAAAUAAA